AUGCCAAUCAAUGAAAUACGUAAAAACGUCAAGGCCAAUCAAGAGACUACUUUCACAACCAAGUCUUCAUCUCUUGAUUCGAAUAUGCCAACUAGGCGAAAGAUUGUAAAGUAUUUGAGACUAAUCUUGUUGAUAGGAUUCAUUAUCAACUUUUUAUCUUUCAUUUCAAUUGCUAUUAUUUCAAUAUUAUCUUUUCAAAGUUCUAAUUUUUCAUUAUCAACUGCCAUAUACAAAUAUGGAAAUGCAUAUUUGGGUUAUGAUGAAAUGGAAUUGGCAGAAUUUUUAGUAUUACUGACAAGAAAGGAGAAAUUCAUUCAAAGAUAUUAUCAUUCAAAGAAUGAAUUGAAUAGUUCACUUUCGUAUGCUUUUCAAAUAAUUUCGAAUGAAAAUUCUUCUUGGAUUCCAACUCACGAAUGGUUCCAAAUUGAAAAUCACGUAAUGGAACUAGUCAAGAGUGGAAACUAUUCUCAAGCUUACUCAGUUUCAACUUCUCCAGAACACAAACUAGCAGAUCUUCGAUUUAUCCAAUUUUUAGAUUCAGUUCUCGCUCAAUUAUUCCAAAUCAGUGAAACAAAAGAAGCAGAAUAUAUGAAAUACACAACUAUUGAUCUGGUUGUGGUGAUUCUCUGUUUAGGAAUUGCCAUUCCAAUUGUUUUAUUAAUUUUCAUUGGAGUUAUUAAAUUGGAUCGAGAUUCAAAGAAGAGAUUGGAGAAGGCAAGGGCAGUUUCGGUUAUUCAUUCGAUUUCUGAUCCGUUUCUGAGACCCAAGUUUAGAAAAUGUGUUGAGAAUGAUGAGUUGGUGUGUUUUGAAUUCUUGGAGAAUGUUCAAUUGUUUAAGGAGAAGAAGAGAUCUAUUCAUUCGACUAUUCAGUCGAUUCUAGACGAAAUGAAAAAAGAAAUGAUACCUAAUGAUGAAGAGGAUGAUGCUAGUUCAUUGAAUGGAAUUAGCCCACUAACCCUUUCUCCUGAUUUAUUCUUACAAAUCAAGUCAGAAGAUGAUCAAAUUAAGGCAAUUGACAUUUACAAUCGUUUUCUCAAUCCUAAAGAAAAUCAGAAACACAUCAAAUAUAAGAAUCAUGAAAAGAUUUUGGAGGAAAUUAAUCAUCAGAGUAAUCAAGACCUGUUGUCCACUGUAUUCGAUCAGGUACAAAUUGAAAUUGCUAAAAAGCUCAUCAAAUCUCAUGAAUUAUUCUCCAAAUCUCAAUCUUUCUCCACUCAAGACAUUGAAGACCAAUUGCUUUCCUAUAGAUUUGAAUAUCUUUCAAUAUUCAAACCUGAAAAACGAAACAGUCUAUUCACAUCAAAGUAA